AUGGGCUUCCUUUCGUGGGGCAACAAAUUUCCAGUAGAGGGAAGGACGGUCCUCCUUACAGGUGCCUCCUAUGGCAUGGGCAAAGAGCUCGCAAAGCUCCUCAGCCAGCGCGGCGCUAACGUCAUCCUCGUCGCCCGCAACGUAGAAAAGCUGCAAACCGCAACUGAUUACGCCAAAGCCGCCGCAAAGUACCCCUCAGCCCAGCGCUUCCACUACAUAUCCGCCGACUGCACGAAGGAAGCCGAGAAUGCGCGCCUCAUCGCUGAAGCGACCGCCUGGAACAACGGCAAUAGUCCCGAAAUCGUAUGGGCCAAUGCCGGCUCCUCCACCCCAGGACUCUUCCUCGAGCAGAAGUCAGAUACAUUGAGGCAGCAAAUGGACAUCAACUACUGGGCAGCAUGUUACCUCGCACACCAAACGCUCAAAGCCUGGCUAUACCCCGACACACCCUACAAAGCAGGCGCGCCCUCCGAGCCAACGCGGCACUUCAUAGUGACAUCCUCCGUCCUGGGUUUUAUCAACAUCCUCGGGUACGGCGGUUACCCGCCCGCCAAAGCAGCCCUUAAAGCCCUCUGCGACGGCCUCCGCCAAGAAGUCAUCCUGUACAACGGCGCGCGCCGUUCCAAGAACAACACCUCCGGCCAAGCCCCCGCGCCUUUUGACGUCGCAAUCAACAUGAUAGCCCCGGCCACCAUCCUUUCCCCCGGCGAGCAGAACGAGAAUCUCACAAAGCCGGAUGUCACCAAGAAGCUGGAGGAGACCGAUCCGAAGCAAACGGAGCUGGAGGCAGCGACUGCGGCGAUCGCGGGGCUGGAAGCGGGGAAUUAUUCGACCGCGACGAGCUGGCUGGGAGAUUUGAUGCGCAUGAGUAGUAUGGGGAGUGCGAGGAGGGAUAGUUUGGUGAAGGACACGGUGGGGACGUGGGUGUCGAGUGUGGUGUGGCCGCUGCUUGGGCCGGAUAUGGAUGGCAAGGUGUUCAGCUGGGGGAAGAAGGAGGGUAUGCCGGCGUAUAAGCCCAAUUCGAUAUAA